UAGGCCCGGCCCGGGGCCUCCCAGAUGCUGACACCGUCGUCGUCGUCGUCGUCCUCCUCCCCGCGCCGCCGGUCCGGCUCCCGCCCCACGGCCGCACCUCGUAGUCGCCGCCCUCCGCCCCCCAUCCCUUCUGAUUUCUUCUGUGCCGUUUCCUUUGCUGUCUGGUGGCAUGCUAAUCUGAAACGUCCAUAUAAGUUGAUGCCGCAGGAAUUGGGACACAAGGUGGGGGUGAGCAGUUUAUUUUCCAAGAGAUUGGGAUUCAACUGAACCACCACGCCGGCGGUCGGCCUGCGCUCAAAAUGAAGGGAGUACUUCCCAUUAAGGGUGCAUCGGCGGCCUCAGGGCGCGAAAAGAAAGCUCCUAAGGAGCUUGAGAAUGUCUUGAACCAAUAUUUUGGAUAUUCAGGAUUUCGAGGAAAACAACUGGAAGCUAUAGAAGCUGUUUUAUCAGGACGCGAUUGCUUUUGUUUGAUGCCGACUGGAGGUGGAAAGUCAAUGUGUUAUCAGAUUCCAGCUCUAGUUAGGACAGGCAUUGUUCUUGUUAUUUCACCCUUGAUAGCACUGAUGGAGAACCAGGUUGCCAGCCUGAAAAAUAAAGGAAUUCCAGCUGAAUUUCUCUCUUCAACUCAGACUUCUCACACAAAACAAACGAUACACGAAGACCUUGAUUCUGGUAAACCUUCCUUAAAGUUGCUAUAUGUCACUCCUGAGCUUGUUGCGACACCUGGUUUCAUGGCAAAGCUUAAGAAGCUCUACCAUAGAGGUCUUCUUAGUCUUGUUGCUAUUGAUGAGGCUCACUGUAUUUCAACUUGGGGCCAUGAUUUCAGACCUAGUUACCGGAAGCUUUCAUCAUUGAGGAAGCAGUUCGCAGAUAUCCCUUUGUUAGCUUUGACAGCAACUGCUGUCCCGAAAGUCCAGAAAGAUGUCAUAUCAUCAUUGUGCCUGCAAAAUCCACUAAUUCUUCGGGCAUCAUUUAAUCGGCCUAAUAUAUUCUAUGAAGUUCGUUACAAGGAUCUUCUUGACGAUGUUUAUUCUGAUAUAUCAAAUUUACUGAAGUCAAGUGGAAACGUUUGCUCAAUUAUAUAUUGUCUUGAACGGGCUGCUUGUGAUGAUCUAAGCAUGCAUUUGUCACAGCAGGGUGUCUCUUCUGCUGCUUAUCAUGCUGGCCUAAAUAGCAAAGUGCGAAGUUCUGUUCUUGAUGACUGGCUUUCAUCGAGAACUCAAGUUGUAGUGGCAACUGUAGCAUUUGGAAUGGGUAUUGAUAGACAAGAUGUUCAUAUUGUGUGCCACUUCAACUUACCUAAGUCAAUGGAAUCCUUCUACCAGGAGUCAGGACGAGCUGGUCGUGAUCAGCAGCCUUCGAGGAGUGUUUUGUAUUACGGAUUAGAUGAUCGGAGGAGAAUGGAGUUUAUUUUGAGAAACACCAAAACUAAGAAAUCACAGUCGUCUUCCUCUUCGAAUGAGCUUUCAGAGAAGGCCUUAGCUGACUUCAGUCAGAUUGUUGAGUACUGUGAAAGUUCUAGCUGCCGGCGAAAAAAGAUUAUUGAGAGCUUCGGAGAGAAAGUACAACCAACUUUGUGCCAACGCUCAUGCGAUGCUUGCAAGCACCCAAAUCUGGUGUCCUCACAUCUGGAGGAACUUCGUCGCGUGCCCAACUGUCGCUUUAAUAAGGUCUCUCCAGUGUUUCAGAGCUCACUAGUUAAUCCAGCACACUUGGACACAGAAUUCUGGAAUCGUGAAGAUGAGGCAAGCAUAUCAGCUGAAGACAUAUCAGAUUCUGAUGAUGGGAAUGAGGUAGUGAGUAAUAUUGCCAUUUCAAAGAUUCCGUCAAAUGCUGCCCUGGAUGCAAAAUUUAAAGCCCUGGAGCGUGCUGAAAAUGCUUAUUAUCAAGGCAAAGGUCAGACCAACCAGCAGGGCGGUGGCCUUGUUGACAAGAAAAGCAUCUCUCAGGCGUUAAGAGAUGCAUGCUGGAAAAGAUUGUUGGAUGCCCUUGGACAAGCAAAGCUGCGACUUGGGAAUCUACCAUGCGAUGAGGCUGCCUCUGCCACACACCUUGAAACAGAGUGCUUCAAAAAGUAUGAGAAAGUGGGCAAGACAUUCUACAACUCACAGAUUGCUGCUACAGUACGGUGGCUGUCAUCUGCAACAUCCAACCAGAUGCAUGAUCGCUUCCACACUCUCAUUGAUCAAGCUACAGAUCACAGUGUGUCAAGCUCUCCUGACAUCGUCCCAGAGUCAUCUCCAGCACCUACUGAAGUCGUCUGUGCAAGACCAGGAGAAACCAUCGUUCAUGAGUUGGAAAAGACGAAGCAUUCUGAUGAGUCUGCAAAGACUAUUGCAGCUUCAGCUGGAAACGUGGAGCUCCCCACCAUACCAUCGUUCAGAGAAUGCUUGAGCCAAAAAGGAAAGGAUUGUAAAAAAAGUUCGUCAGAUUCGAAUGCGGGGAGCCAGCCUUUUGGUUUUCGUAGGAAGUCUACUGGUCUAGUUGAGAAGCAAGAAACCAGCAAGAAGAUGAAAUCGUGAACCUGACUUGUCUGUUGCACUUCUCCCCUUGAAUAGAGUUUUGCAGCAGAAAUCUGGCUAGAAUUUCCUCUUUGCUGAAUCUGCAUUGUAGUGAAUCAUUUCUGAAUCCUAAAUGAUAAUUUUCCAAUCCCGUAAAUUAAGGGAAAUUUUAGCUUCUUUUAUCGGA